AUGCCACAUCUAUUGACACGCCACUUAUAUAACACGGCAAAUGCCAUAUCUAGGCACACUCCCCUUAGCUUUAUGCGCGCGACAGUCGGGCUUGUCGCGCUCCUGGCGCUGCAUGGCGCGGGCCUCUUCCUCUUCACGAGCGGCUUCUUCCUCACGCGCUACGAAGUCAAGGACGCGAGCGCGUGCGACCCGCCGGGUCCUUCGCACCUCCGGCGGUCGGCUGCGUCGCCCGGCUGCUGGUACGACCAAAAGUUCAAGCGCGUUGUCUACGUCGUCAUCGACGCGCUUCGGUACGACUUUAUGCACCGCGCGCCGAAGGACGAGGUGCUGGCGAAAGACAGCAUUGGCGGGCGCUUCUUCCUCAACCACCUUCCGCACGUCCACGCGGUAUUGGCAGCGCAGCCCUCGCACAGCCUCCUGUACCGCUUCGUGGCCGACGCGCCGACGAUGACCAUGCAGCGGCUUAAGGGCUUGACGACGGGGACGCUCCCGACGUUUCUCGACAUCAAAGACAACAUGCAGAGCACCGAGAUCGUCGAGGACAGCUGGGUGCAGCAGCUCGUGCUGCUCAACAAGAGCAUCGUCUUUAUGGGCGAUAACACGUGGGAUGCGCUCUACGGCGGCAAGUUUACGCGCAACUACUCGUACGACUCGUUCAACGUCAAGGACCUCCACACCGUCGACAACGGCGUGCUCGCCCACAUCUUUGACGAGCUCGCGUUGCCCGACUGGGACGUCCUCAUCGCCCACUUCCUCGGCGUUGACCACGUCGGGCAUACGUACGGGCCCAGCUCGCCAUAUAUGGAGACGAAACUCGACCAAAUGGACGCCUUCCUCGAGACGCUCUUGGCGACCGUCGAGGACGAUACGCUCGUCGUUGUACUUGGCGACCAUGGCAUGUCGGAAGAGGGCAAUCACGGCGGCGCGACCGACGACGAGACCGGCGCCGCGCUCUUUCUGUACAGCAAGACGCCGCUGCACCACGCGAUCGCGACGCCCGACGGCGGCACGCUCUCGCUCUUCAACCACGUGGUCGGCCGCCGCAGCAACGAGUUUACUGUCGCCCAGGUCGACUUGGUGCCGACGCUGUCGCUUUUGCUUGGGCUGCCAAUUCCGUUUGGGAACCUCGGCGCUGUGAUCCCGCACGUCUUUUUCACGUCCCCCGCCAUGGACAUUGACGAGUGCUUUCGCCGGCUCAACGAAGCGAUGACCGUCAACGUGGCGCAGAUACGCCACUACUUUAUGGCCACGAGCACGAUUCGCAUGGAUUUGCCCGCGAUGCUGUCGCUCGAAGCCACGUACGCGGCGCUCCACGAGCCACAGCUGAGCCCCCGCGCGCGCUACGACCUCCUCCACGCGUACCUCCGCGACGCCCUGGACCUGAGCCGGGCCAUGUACACGCAGUUUGACUUUGUCGCGAUGGGCUGGGGCGUCCUCGUCCUCCUCUGUGGCACGCUCUUGUCGAUCGCUCUCUGCGUGCCCGACGACGCGCUCUCGUUUGCUCCAAGUCCUCAUCUUCUCGUCGGGCCAAGCGUCGGUGCGCUUCUCGGGCACCUCUGGCCCUGGGCGCUCGUGCCGCACGCGGUCGUCCCUGCCGCGCCGCUGCCCCGCACCGCCCUCUGCGCGUCGCUCGGGCUGGUUGCGGCUCUUGCCCGCAGCGCUAUAUGGCGCCGUCCCAAGCACUUUGGCGUCUCCCGCGCCAACAUCACAUGCCUCUUCUUUGGCCUCUGCCACCUCCUCGCGCUCUUCUCCAACAGCUACCUUGUUGUGCAGGACAAGGUCGUCGGCUUCCUUGCGUCGUCCGCGCUCGUCGUGCUCGGCCUCGACGUGCUGCAGGGGCCGCGCUCGAGUCAGUGGCGUUUUGCGCUCCUCUGCGUCGUUCACCGCGUCAGCGUCGGCCUCUCGCGGCCCAACAUUGUGUUUUCAACGACGUCGCUUCUCGGGACGUGGCUGCCGCUCAGUGGCCUCGCCAUUGACAGCGUCAUGCGAUAUGGCCGUCACUAUGGUCUGCUCUGGCUUCUCGUUGGGCUCUACUGGCUGGAGCUGAGCCCGCUCUUGCUGCCACGCUUGGUCUACGCCGGCUGCCUCGUCUCCGGUGCGCUCCACGCGUCCGUCCCGUCGCUCCUCAUCGUGCUGACGCUGCUUCUCGGGCCCACGGCGCCGGCUGCGAUUGGCUGCUUCGUGGUUGAAGCUCGGCUGCUCGCCGGCCUGGACCUGCCGCCGACGCUGCGCCGCCGCCUCCUCUCGGCCUUGCUCGUGUACCACUUCUACUUUGCGACCGGCCACCACAACGGCUUUAGCAGUCUCCAGAACGCAGCGGCGUUUGUGGGGUUCGAGGACUUUGCGUUCUUCCGGUCCGGGCUGCUGCUGUUUCUCAAUACGUUUGGGAGCUUCCUCGUCGGGCUCCCGCUGCUGGCAACGACAGCGCUCGACAGGCGCGUCAUAUUGGCUCUCUUCAGCCUCGCAGCGACGUGCACGACGAUCUUUGUCGGCUGCAUGCGUCGCCACCUCUUUGUCUGGGCCAUCUUUGCGCCCAAGUACAUCUUUGAUGGCGCGACGCUGCUCGUGGUCAAUGCGAUCGCUGCGUUCGUUUAG